AUGAAUGCGUUCUUCGAUGGAUAUGUGCAUUCGAAGACAUCGUUGAAGCAAUUCGUCGAACAGUACGAACGUGCUCUCGGGAAUAAGGUCGAGAAGGAAUUCCAAGCUGAUUUCAAGUCGUUCUCUCAAAUGAUACCGUGUGCAACACAGUUCGAAAUGGAAGAACGGUUUCGAUCAGCUUACACCAUAUCGAAAUUUCGGGAAGUUCAAGAAGAGUUCACGGGUAAGGUCUACUGUAACGUCAUAUCUACGUUGGAAGGAUCUUCUGAGACGACGUAUAAUGUACGGGAGACUGUUAUGUAUGAUGGUCGUCACAAGAGAAAAACUUUCGUCGUCUCAUUUGUGAGAAAUAAUUGCAAAGUUGUUUGUAACUACCACUUGUUUGAGUUUAGGGGAAUACUUUGUAGGCAUGCAAUAGCGGUUUUGGACUGGAACGACAUUACAUGUAUUCCGAAUCGGUAUAUUUUGCGGAGAUGGAAGAGGGACAUUCGUAGAGCACACAUGAGAGUUCCAAUAAACUAG